AUGAAAAAGGAGAAGAGAAAGGUCAGAACGAGAACAAUUGAUCGGUUAAGAGCCGCAGGGAUCACUGGUUCAGAAAAACGACUGCCAAUAGGAAUUCAAACACUAUCAAGUUCUUCGGACAAGGUUUCAAAAAGUCGAGUUUACAGAAGGAAACUUGAAGAAAAAAAACAAAAAGAGGUUGAAGAAAAGGAAAAUAUUGAAAGCGAAAGCGAAGAAGAGGAACAAGGAGAAGAAGAUAAACAAGUAGAAGGAGAUAACGAUGAAGAAGGGGAGGGUGAGACAGCGGUAGAUGAAGAUUCAAGUUCAUGGACGAGUGAACAAAAUGAAAGACCAACGGAUAAUAAAAAGAGAAAAAAGACUACAGAAAAGGGAAAAAAGGUGAAGGCUAUUAAGAAGGAACAAAAGGCAAGAGAAGAUCAAAGAAGGAAGGGAAAAGCACUAGUGAAACCAGAAAAAUCAAGGUGUGGUAUUGUGAAUGUAACUCAUGUUCUGUAUUUGUGUAUUGUGAAUGAAGAGAUCAAAUGA